CAGAUCGCAGCGCCAUCUAAUCAAAUUAUAAAUGUCAAACAAGCAAAUGUCAAUAUUUAAAAAAUUGCCAUUGUUAUCGCAAAUAUUUUGACAUUAUAUUUUCUAAAAUUCUACUUUCUUUUGUGUGAAAAGAAACAAAAUUUGUAUAAUUCAGUUAAAAUUGAAUUUCCAAAGGUUACAAUUUGUCAUCAUCAAUUGCAAUUGCAUCAAAUUGCUUUCAGUUUCAAGUGAAUCAUACAUAUUUGCAAAAACGGCAUUAGGUCAAGAAACUUUAUAUACAAUUGUAACGUAUCAAGUUCUUUUAAAAAAAAGGGUUUUUUCUUGAAGAUUCAGUUAGGAUAAUCUAUAUUAAAAAUGGCACUUUAUCCCUCCUUGGAAGAUAUGAAGGUGGAUCAGCUAAUGAAGGCUCAAUUACAAGCUGAAACUCAAUAUCCAUCAUUGCCAUCAAUUUCAUCUAAUUCUAUUGCUCAACCUGCGGCUCCUUCAGCUCCACCAUUAUUAUCACCAUCUCAAGUUAGUGUUCCAGGUGCACUAUAUCCAUUAUUGGGUGAAUAUAUGGGACUAGAAAUUAACGAAGAUGCAAUUGCUCAAAGUAUGCCGGAAUAUGCAAUCAUGAACCGUGAAAGUUUUGAAAUGGCUAUUCCUGCUCAAAGUGGUCCUCUUGCUGGUAUGACUGCUCCAGUUUCGAGCCAAUCACUUUCAUUACAAAAAGCUAUUGUAACCAAUGGAAUUAGAGAAUUGACACUUUGUAAGGACCAGAAUGGAAAAAUUGGAAUUCGAGUACAUUCAGUGAACAAUGGAGUUUUUAUUUGUUUAGUGACAAAAGGUUCUCCCGCUGCAUUAGUUGGUUUAAGAUUUGGUGAUCAAAUUUUAGAUAUUAAUGGUGUCUCAGUAGCUGGAUAUUCAAUGGAUCAAGUACAUAAAAUUUUCCGUAAUUCUCCGGUAAAUGGAAUAAAAGUUGUUGUGAGAGAUAGACCAUUCGAGAGAACAGUUACAAUGCAUAAAGAUAGCUCUGGACAUAUUGGUUUUCAAUUUAAAAAUGGAAAAGUCACAGCUUUAGUUAAAGAUUCAUCGGCUUCACGAAAUGGACUUUUAACUGAUCAUCAAAUUCUGGAAAUUAAUGGCAAGAAUGUAAUCGGUUUAAAGGAUAAGGAUAUUACAAUUGAAAUUGAAAGUUCUGGUGAUAUUAUAACAGUGACAGUAAUUCCUUCCUUCAUUUAUGAUCACAUGAUUAAAAAAAUGUCUGGCAGUCUUUUGAGAAAUAUAAUGGACCACUCAGAUCCGAUGCUUUAAACACAAAUUUAUAAAGCACAGAACUUAAUUUUCAAAAACCCAGUGACUGAUGAAAAAUGACACAUCUAAUGCUUCUGAAAAUUCAAUUUUCUAAAAAUAUUUAUUAUAUUAAUAUGUUAUUAAGGUAAGCAUGUUUAGUUACUAAGAAAUGUCAUUUAUAAAAGUCAGUUUUCACAAAAAUUCUUGCCAAAAAAAAAAAAAAAAAUGAAAAUGACUUCAAAGUGAGCCAUUAAAAACAAAAUUCUCAUUUUUGCACAAGUUUGCCAAAUUUCACACUAUUAAAAUAACGAAUUAUAAUAUAGGUUUAGAAGAUUACGUAUUAAAAAAUACGUUUUUACAAAUUGGCGGAAUAAUCAUAUAAACUAUAAAAACAAUGAAUGUGGACUAAAUAUAAUUAGAAAAUUGGUAGCCUAUAGGGAAAUAAGAAUAAGAAUAAUCUUGCUCUUUAACCUAUAUUUACGUAUAUUUACUGUAUACUAAAUGGAGCUGAAUCUCUAAAGAAAAUGCUCCAUAAAAAAAAAAUCGCAAAAGCUUAAAUAUAUAUAUAUGUAUUGAAAUAAAGUUAAGGCUAUUCCAAAAUUAAAAUUUGCCAAAUUAGUUUAGAUCCGAUUUUUGUUUUUCUUAGUAAGAAACAAGAUAAAAUCAAAACCAAAAAGGCCUUCCACUUUCCAAUUAUAAAACAGCUAUAAACUUUAUUUCAGUAUUAAAAACUCUAAAGUUUAAUCCAAACAAAACAUUUCCUCUACACAGAUUUCAGAGAUACAAAUUUAUGUAUCAGAAUUGACUAUAUAUAUAUAAAUAUUAUAUUUAGAGAAUAAGAAAUUCACGAAUAGUUUGCAGUUGAAUUUUACUAAUAUUCCAAGUGCCAAUUAAGGUUCUAGUUUUCAAAAAAUAAACUCGAGGUGUAAUAUUAGAUGUUAGUUUAAAAUUAUUUUUCUUUUGUUAUAUAAGUAUUUACAUAUUUUUUGAGAUUGUGAUUUUUGUUUAAGGAAGGUUUACCACAUUUUUUUUUUGUUUUUUUUUAUAUAAAUCUAUAGUUUGUUUAAUAAUUUUACUUCACACACAAUCACUUGAGUCUGAUAGUGUAAUACAGUUGAAAAAAUAUCAUGUUACAUUAUUAUAUUUAUAAAAACUACGAUGUCAAUAUUUUCCAGAAUCGUAUAAUAUAUUGUAUGUAAUUUGACAAAUCAUUGUAUUUGGUAGAUAACAAUCGCCUCGAACUGCAGUAAAAUGUUUCUUAUUUAUAAUAUAUAUAUAUUACUGCUGAACGUGCCACAAUUUUUUAUAGAAAAAAAAAAAAAAAUUUAUGUAUAUGUGUAUGUAUGAGAAGAUUAUAUAAAGAAAUGUUAGAGACAGAAAAAGAAAAUGUGAUUCACAAGGUAAUUAGUUCUUAUGUGAAUUCUAUAUAUAUAUAUAAAUUUAUAUCGACAAUAGUAUCUUUUAUUUUAUCCUUUGUAUAACAAAAAUAUGUUAAAUAAAAAAAUUUUAUUUGUCAA